AUGACGCCUCGACUCAUGGGGCUGCCCCAGCAGCUUCAGCAAUAUGUGGUGCGACCAUUGCAGCACACUUCGCCGCUGGCUUUUUUGAACCCACAACUCCAGCAAACUCGCAAUGCCUCGAUCCUCUCUUCGCUCAGCAACUCCGACGCCUACAACAAACGUAUCCGCCGUGGUCGAGGUCCAGCCUCAGGCAAGGGUAAAACCUCCGGACGCGGUCACAAGGGUCAAAACCAGCACGGAAAAGUCCCUGCCGGGUUCACGGGUGGUCAGACCCCCGAUAUCAUCGUCCAUGGUGAACGGGGCUUUAACAACUUCCUGGCCCCUGACAUGGCACCCGUCAACCUCUCCCGAAUCCAAGACUGGAUCGACCAAAAACGCCUCGACCCCUCCAAACCCAUCACAGUGCGCGAGCUAGCCAAAUCAAACUGCAUCCACCACUACAAAGACGGUGUCAAGGUGCUCGGCGACGGCGCUUCCGCCCUCAAACAGCCGAUUCACCUCGUAGUGUCACGCGCCUCUGCCUCCGCCAUCUCCGCCAUCGAGGCCGUCGGCGGAACAGUCACAACACGCUUCUACACCCGCGCGGCCCUCCGACACAUCGUUGCAAAGGAGACCCACCCCUUCAUCUCCAUGCAAUGGUCUGUGGACAGCGGCCCCAAGGCGCUGUUGGAAGCUGCUGGCAUCGAGCCGACGCCGGACGGCGUGCUCGAAUCGACUAUCAUGAAGGAGAAGGGCCUUCGGUAUCGUCUGCCGGACCCUACGAGCCGUCGCGAUAUCGAGUACUACCGUGACCCGGCGCACAGAGGGUAUCUGAGCCAUCUGCUCAAGCCUUCCGAGGGACCUAGUCUGUUCUUCCGGGCUCCUGAGGAGCGCAAGAGUGCGGCUGGUGUUAAGAAGGAGAAGGUCUUGCCGGAGAACAGACUUUGGUAG